CCAGGGAAACGGGAGAAUUAGUUAGGAAAACUCAGGGGAUUCUUCCAUCAGUUGAGAAGGUUGCAGGAGACUCUCUGUACAGGAUCAUACACUUAAUACAUUUAGACAUUUUAUUUCAUUAAUUCAAAGCAAAAGGCAAUUCAAUUUAGAUUCUUUGUUGUUGAAAGAUUCCACAUUUGCAAUUUACCUGCGCGCGCUCCGCGGCUCCCGGGACGCAGUUGACUUGGAGAGAGAGAGUUAUACAGAGAGGAUAGAAUCUCUCCAAUAUUGCAUUAUUACUGAUUACAGGCAAAGCAUAACUUUUAAAGUUGCAUCAUGCCAUUUUUCAUGUCAUUGUGUUUGUACCUUUGGCUGGGGUUGUUACCUGGCCGGACAAGUACAGCCGUGAAUGAAGACAUUGAAGUAUUGGUGAUGUUGCCCAAAAAUAACUCGUAUAUGUUCUCAAUAGCAAGAGUGGCACCGGUCAUCGAGUAUGCAAAGCAGGGGUUGAAAAUCGGCGGCGGUCUGUAUUCGGGACUUAAUUUCAAAGUGCGUUAUGAGGAUUCCGACUGUGGCAAUGAUGCACUCUUCUCCCUGGUGGACCGUUCCUGCGAGAAGAAACCGGACUUGGUGCUCGGUCCGGUGUGUGAAUACGCCGCGGCGCCGGUUGUAAGGAUGGCAUCUCACUGGAACAUCCCGGUAAUAUCGACAGGUGCUCUGGCCAGCGGUUUUAGAGACAAAGAGAAAGAAUACUCUCACCUGACCCGAAUCUCCCCGUCUUACCUAAAAAUGGCAGACACUUUCUUGGCGAUGUUCCGUCAUUUCAACUGGAAAGACGCGUUGUUGAUCUUCGAUGACGAUAAGAAGGAGAGGAAUUGCUACUUCACUAUGGAAGGGGUGCACCUCAAACUCAUGGAGGAAUAUCAGACUGUCACCUACGCCAUCAACUCUAAAGAUGAGCGCCUGAACACAGACGAAAUCAUCAAAUAUAUCCACGAGAGUGAAGUUGUUAUCAUGUGUGCGGGAGCUGACAUCGUCCGAGACAUCAUGCUAGCUGCUCAUCGACGGAGGCUCACGAAUGGCAGCUACAUCUUCUUCAACAUCGAACUCUUCAACUCCACAUCUUAUGGCAACGGCUCGUGGAAGCGAGGGGAUAAGCACGACAGUGAGGCACGACAAGCGUACUCUGCCCUCAACACAGUCACGCUGCUCCGGACGGUCAAACCAGAGUUUGAGAACUUCUCUCUGGAGGUCAAGAGGUCCAUUCAGAAGGCUGGCCUACCGGACUGUGACGACUGUGACAACAUCAACAUGUUUAUGGAAGGGUUCCAUGAUGCAUUGCUGCUGUACGCCCUGGCGCUGCACGAAGCCAUCAGGAACGGCCUCACCAAGAAGGACGGAGCAGAGAUCACCUAUCGCAUGUGGAACAGAACAUUUGAAGGCAUCGCAGGCCAGGUGUCUAUGGACUCCAAUGGGGACAGAUACGGAGACUUCUCUGUGAUGAGCAUGACCAACACCGAGGCAGGCACCUAUGAGACGGUGUGUAACUACUAUGGUGUGAAGGAGAGUUUCCAGAUGCUUCCGGGGUUCAAGCCUGACCACUUCACCCUGAGAGGACUACACAGAGUCUCCCACGCAGACCUGCCAGACAAAUCAUGUGGACUAGGAGUAUCUGCUGUUACUGGGAUCAUAGUGGGAGCCCUGCUAGGGACAGCCCUGCUAAUGGCCUUCUACUUCAUCAGGAAGAACUACAGGAUAACCAUUGAGAGGCGCACGGCGAGGGAGGAAUGUGACAUCGGGAAGCACCGUCAGUUACGAGAGGAUUCUAUCAGAUCUAACUUCUCGGCAGCGUAGUGCAUCACCGCGGUUACCAUCCGUUGCUCCUGACGUUCCCGUUCCAGGGAAGCAAGAAGCAGCGUGGCGCGGAAGGAAGCACCAUGGGACAUGUGACCAAAGACUCACGCUAUACGGCUGUCAGAGGAGUCGUGCUAUUUAAAGAAAGACAUACUGUCAUUUACACGUGUUUUAACAUUUAUCUUUUUAACUUUUUUGACUUUUCAUAAACUCAGGAAAGUUCCAAUCACACAACAGCACCACUUUCAUCUCUGUUGAAGUAUAUCUUUAGGUGUGUCUUCUCCCCUUAAGAGGGCCAGUACAGACGGCAUUAACAUUAUAGUAAUAUGUUUUCACCUGUUUUAUAACAAACAGCGCAAGCGGUUUUGACCAUGUAAAAAGCAUUUGCACUUCAUACAGGGUUAAAGUAACACCAGAGAUAACAGGGAUCAAUAAGCCUGUGAACUUCAUUGGUACAUGUCAGAGAUAACAGGUCAGAUCAGAGAUAACAGGUCAGAUCAGAGAUAACAGGUCAGAUCAGAGUUAACAGGGGUUGAUAAACAGGUCAGAUCAUAGAUAACAGGGGUUGAUAAACAGGUCAGAUCAGAGAUAACAGGUCAGAUCAGAGAUAACAGGUCAGAUCAGAGAUAACAGGGGUUAAUAAACAGGUCAGAUCAUAGAUAACAGGGGUUGAUAAACAGGUCAGAUCAGAGAUAACAGGUCAGAUCAGAGAUAACAGGUCAGAUCAGAGAUAACAGGUCAGAUCAGAGAUAACAGGGGUUGAUCAACAGGUCAGAUCAGAGUUAACAGGGGUUGAUAAACAGGUCAGCUCAGAGAUAACAGGUCAGAUCAGAGAUAACAGGGGUUGAUCAACAGGUCAGAUCAGAGAUAACAGGGGUUGAUCAACAGGUCAGAUCAUAUAUAACAGGUCAGAUCAGAGAUAACAGGGGUUGAUCAACAGGUCAGCUCAGAGAUAACAGGGGUUGAUCAACAGGUCAGAUCAAAGAUAACAGGUCAGAUCAGAGAUAACAGGGGUUGAUCAACAGGUCAGAUCAUAGAUAACAGGUCAGAUCAGAGAUAACAGGGGUUGAUCAACAGGUCAGAUCAGAGAUAACAGGUCAGAUCAGAGAUAACAGGUCAAAUCAGAGAUAACAGGGGUUGAUCAGAGAUAACAGGGGUUGAUCAACAGGUCAGAUCAUAGAUAACAGGUCAGAUCAUAGAUAACAGGUCAGAUCAGAGAUAACAGGUCAGAUCAGAGAUAACAGGGGUUGAUCAACAGGUCAGAUCAUAGAUAACAGGUCAGAUCAGAGAUAACAGGUCAGAUCAGAGUUAACAGGGGUUGAUAAACAGGUCAGCUCAGAGAUAACAGGUCAGAUCAGAGAUAACAGGGGUUGAUCAACAGGUCAGAUCAUAGAUAACAGGUCAGAUCAGAGAUAACAGGUCAGAUCAGAGAUAACAGGGGUUGAUCAACAGGUCAGAUCAUAGAUAACAGGGGUUGAUCAACAGGUCAGAUCAUAUAUAACAGGUCAGAUCAGAGAUAACAGGUCAGAUCAGAGAUAACAGUCUUGAUAUGUGUAAAUUAGUUAUAUUUAUGUAUUUUAGUAUAAUAACAGAAAUCUUAGAUAAAAUAUCUACAGACUCACGUAUUUAGUACAUAGUUAAGAACACAUCUGAUAUUAAUGCAUUAUGAAUGAUAUCAGAUGCCUCAUUAGGGUUAGAUGGCAUUAAUAUUUCAUUAUUACUCCUGGUUCCAUGGACCCUUAUGUUCUCUUCUUCCUGGGCAGAAGGACCAUCUCAUUGGCAAUAUGGUGUAGAUAUAUUUAGAAUAAUUUGUUUUAU